AUGCCGGCGAAACGCCUGGUCUCUCUCUUCUCUAGUUCUGCAUUCGAUUCUUCCUCUCCUCUUUUUAGGCUCCGUUCAGAGCAAUCUCUUUUAUUAGACGCUUUUGAGGCAGCAUACGGCCUCUCCUUCGAUAAGUCAAUAUCAACUGCUCCAGAAUUUUCGGGCCAGAACCAAAGCUCGGACCAAAAUGGCACUUCAGUGCCUUGUCAGUCAAUUGGCUCCUGGAAAGAUUCGCCUCUCCUCCGAACCCUGAAGCUUUUGCGUGCUGGGGAGCUUCCUCUACAUCUCGUGGAUGCUUGUCUCGUCGCACGAUAUCUCUACAACUUGGCGAUUGACGCCUUUGACAAGUAA